AUGGCCGAGCCACUACCAGCCGGGCUCAAAAUCCCCGAAGUGAGCCGCUUCAUCAACCGCGCGAACCAGCUCAGAACCAUCAAACCGGCCCUCGCAUAUUGGUGCGAAUACCAUGCUGUCAACCAGAUCGUAGGCAAGGGCCUACACAACUCAGACGACGAAGCUUUUGAGUUCACAAAGACCCUGAUCGAGCGCCUCGAGACAACAAAGACGGAGCGCGCUGACGAUGAAGCGAUUAUCGACAAUGCUACUGGACAAGCCUACGUUGAGCAGUUCGCCCAGCAGACGUUUGAUCGCGCCGAGCGUGCCCUGCGAGCUGAUAAAGUGACGAGACAAACCGCCGACACAUUCGAUGCUGCUGCAACCUUCUUCGAUCUUACCCGCGAAUGGGGCGAGCCUGAUCCCGAGGUUGUGAAGAAGAUCAAGUUCGCAAAGUGGAACGCUGCUCGAAUUCUCAAGGCAAUUCGCGAGGGCAAAGACCCCAAUGAAACAAAUCCUAGAGCGCCAGAGCCCGAACCCAGUGUUGGCUUGGACCCAUCUGACCCCGAGGUUCAACUCUUGACGGGAGGUCAGAGAGCUACAGUAGAGGAUGCACCAGACGGUGGAGAGUCGCCCAAAGUUGUCACACCUAUAGAGGCGCCAUCAAAAGACCCAGCUGACCCUAGUUAUUUCCCACCCCAAGCUGAACCGGAGGGGCAGGCACCAGAGCCUUUUGUCCCGUCACCCAUGAGCACAAGCUCUACCCCGGGUGGUGAACUUGGUCGUCCACCAGUCGGUCCACCACCUGAUGUUUCUCCCGCAGCAGAGUCUCCAGCACAGCCAGCAACACAGCCUUCAACUGAUGCCCCCUCAUCCACGGAGAUAUCCGACCACCACGAUGCUCUUGCAAGACCUAUGAUGCCUCAUCUCAAUUCGUCACACCCCGGAAAGCCCCCAGGCAUGGAAUCACCAGCACCACUUUCUGCUGCUGCGGCUGCCAGACCAUUCCUACCUCACCUUGCUACAUCACACCCUAAGGCACCAGUUGUUGAAACACCAUCUCCCAUUGAAGCUGCUGCAAACGCAAGACCCUUUUUGCCUCACCUCACUUCUUCAGCCAUUGGAAAUGGACCAGUCCCUCCAAGGGGACCCCCUCCAUCCAGUGUCAACCCUUCAUAUCCUGGCAAGGCACCAAUUGAUCAUUCGAAUCCUCUAAAUGCCGCAGCAGCCGCAAGGCCAUGGCUGCCCCAUCUUGCUUCCGCUCCUCCUGGAAAGGGAUCGGUUUCCGAACCCCAAGGACCUCCCGCUGUCGAGCCCAUCAGACCGAUGAUGCCACAUCUUGCCUCUUCACACCCUGGAAAGUCCCCGGCUCCUUCACCUCCAUCAAUGACCCCCACAUCUGCACCUGCUCCAGAAAAGUACUCGACAGACCAGAAAGACAUCAACCAGGCUCAGAAGCACGCCAAGUGGGCGAUAUCGGCGUUGAACUUUGAGGAUGUACCUACUGCAGUCAAAGAACUGCGGAACGCGCUCGCGAUGCUUGGGGCUCAGUAA